CCACGCCUACAUCCCGCGGACCGGAAGCGCUGGAGCGGAAGUGUCGGCCAGGGGGCGGGCGCAGACGCUGUUCUGUGCGGAAGGGCCGGGCGCUGACUGCCUGCGCUCCUCCGGGCGUUCCGAAGGUUGAAGGGUCGGCGGGAGAGUUGUGAGUCAUGGCCUUCGGCGCGCGACUUUCGCGCUUGCUGCAUUUGGGAUUUCCUGCCGUCCGGGGACCUCGGCUCCCGUCGGAUGCUGCUGGCAGCCUUGGGCGAAGCGGUGCUUGGCUUCUCCGUGGCUUUGAGGUGAUGGGAAACCCAAGUGCUUUUAAAAGAAGUCUUUUAUUCUCAGCCAUAUCUUAUGUGGGUUUUGGAACUUAUCAACUCAUUUCUCAGUCUGCUGUGGUUCAUGCAACAGCCAAAGUUUUUAGGGUUGAAGAAAUCCUGGAGCAAGCGGACUACUUGUAUGAAAGUGGAGAAACAGAAAAACUUUAUCAGUUGCUAACCCAAUACAAAGAAAGUAAAGAUGCAGAGUUACUCUGGCGUUUGGCACGGGCAUCACGUGAUUUAGCUCAGCUUUGUGGAACCUCAGAAGAGGAAAAAAAGCUGUUGGUGUAUGAAGCUCUAGAAUAUGCAAAAAGAGCACUAGAAAAAAAUGAAUCAAGUUUUGCAGCUCAUAAGUGGUAUGCAAUCUGCAUAAGUGAUGUUGGAGAUUAUGAAGGCAUCAAGGCUAAAAUUGCAAAUGCCUACAUUAUCAAAGAACAUUUUGAGAAAGCAAUCAAACUAAACCCCAAAGAUGCUACUUCAAUUCACCUUAUGGGUAUCUGGUGUUAUACCUUUGCAGAAAUGCCUUGGUAUCAAAGAAGAAUUGCUGAAAUGCUGUUUGCAACUCCUCCUAGUUCCACCUAUGAGGAGGCCUUAGGCUACUUUCAGAAGGCAGAACAAGUGGAUCCAAACUUCUACAGUAAGAACUUGCUUCUUUUAGGAAAGACCUAUUUGAAGCUACACAACAAAAAGCUUGCUGCUUUCUGGUUAUUGAAGGCUAAGGACUAUCCAGCUCACACAGAGGAAGAUAAACAGGUACAGACAGAAGCUGCUCAGUUGCUUACAAGUUUCAGUGAUAAGAAAUGACAAUUUUGCAAAGAAAGCACAUGAAAUAUCUAGCAUUGCCUUUUCAUCAGAUUUAAAGCAUCCUAAUUCACCAGGUUGAACAUUGGUUCUUGGCAUCUUCCUACUUAGGGUGAGAUCUGCCACUAUCCUGGGAGUGAACCCUGCAUUCUAUUCUUCUGCUGCAGUCCUACUGAUUGUUACUCACAUGUUCCAGAGCUGACUGCUAGCUUGAGGUGCUUGUUGCAUACUACACACAAUGCACAGCUGUAUCCGUCCGACUAACCUACUGAAGGGAGAACAGGUUGGCCAAAUUUCCAGGUUUCUUUUACUGCCAUGGAGUAAUUUAGAUAUCAGUCCUGCCCAUUGGGUCUGGAUUUCUGCAAGGUAAACAGCCCUGUCAAGUGUCCCAAACUACCCUUCUUCAGUUUGGUCUCUGGUGGUUCUGCAUAACCUUACCUGCUGUUUAGCAGUUUCUUACCGGUAUGGAGGAGUAGGGGAUCAACCUGAAAGUUGAUCUUUAGUCAAUUUGCUAAUUGGAAUUCACUUCCAUUGAAUGAUUACACUAACUUCUAUCAAAGCAGAAUUCCUAUAGCAGCAGUAUGCUAAAAUUCAGAUCUAUUGGAGAUCUGUGACCUUUUGCAUAAAUGUUUAUGCAAUAAUUAUUUAGGCUUAAAAUGUAUUCAACUGAGUGGAUCACUGCCUUUAUUUAAUCUUUAUAGGAAAUUGUAUACCAACUCUUUUGCAUGUACUAAGCAGUGAAAUAUUAAUCAAAUUGAUAGUCCAUAUUGAAAUACAAAUGAGAACUUUUCUAUUAGUAAGGAAGCCUAGUAUGUUAAAGCCCAUUAAUGUUGCAUCAGAUUUUAAUUUUUUAUAUACAUCUGUAGUCCAGUAAAUGCCCUUGAUUAAAAAAAAAAAA